GAGUGCAACAUCCAAGAGAAGAUUGACUUUGAAAUCCGCAUGCGAGAAGGCAUCUGCAAGCUCCUGGCAGUGAGCACGCAGAGGGACCAACUCCUGCGCGCAGUUAAAAACCUGAUGGUUUGCAACGCUCGCAUACAGGUGUACAGGACACAGCUCCAGAGCCAGAAGGAAGAGCUGAUCCCAUGCAGGACUGGAGAGUGGUGUUCAGGAAAUGGGACAAAAGACCGGAUGGCAUGCCCGGCAAGGGUUGCUAUAUCAG